CGUAAGUCCCACAAUAAACGCUUGCCGGGGAACUUAAACCUUUACCUGCGGGGAUGGGCAUUUAUAAAUGAAUUACUCCACUUCUUGAGGCACAAGUGAAACAGUCAAGCGCGGCAAAUAGCACUGUACCAACGGCCACCAGCUAGUUUCUUUUAUGUUCAAUUUUACCUCGAAGAAACUGGAGGACAAAUGCAGUCAAGAGUCAAAGAAACUGACAAUAACAGGACCCUUGCUUACGGCAUUUUAACAUCAACAAGGCCAGUUGACGAUAAGGCGCAUAUUUUGGGUCAUUUCCAAGAGAGCGGUGACCGACUAAGGUGCGUCUGUUAACUCAACUAACAAACUCACAAAAAUCGACUGACGGGAAACCUUGUAUGGUGGAGUGGUCAAUAAAUAUUGCACAAACGUCUUCAUAAAGCCAGUGGUAGUCAAAUAUCGACAGUUACAACAGAGCUAAUUUCAAGGCUAUUAGCGCGAGGAGUUUAUUUUCUUCAGCAUGACAAAAGCCGAAUGUAAACAAAUCCACGCCGAGACAGCGCACGCGUAAUUGAUUGCAAGUGCCCGGAUUUACAUAUGAAAACAUGUAUGAGGCUGCGUAGUAGGUCAUUCAUUGAGCAGGCACGUUGGAGAUGGACUGACUGGAAAAGUGCCGAGAAUGGUAGGAUGGAGAAGAAAUUGGCUUUACCAUGUGCAGUGGCUUUGCUGCUGUACCUGAACACAUUCGACGCAGAUUUUGCGUAUGAUGACAGUCGUGCCAUCCAGAAGAACCAGGACCUGUUACCACAGACCCCUGUGUGGAACCUGUUCUUGGAUGACUUCUGGGGAACUCCUCUCACACACAGUGGUUCACACAAGUCGUACCGUCCCCUGUGUGUCCUGUCCUUCAGGCUUAACUAUUACCUUGACGGCCUGAAUCCAAGGGGUUACCACAUAGGCAAUGUAUUAUUACAUGUAGCUGUUACAGGACUGUACACAUACUUUGCAAAAUGCUUCUUACGAAGGACGUUUCCCACAAUUCUAGCAGGACUUUUAUUUGCAACCCACCCCAUCCACACAGAGGCAGUGGCCGGUGUUGUGGGACGUGCAGAUGUGGGAGCCAGUUUGUUUUUCCUGCUGGCAUUUCUUUGCUAUCAAAGAUUUUGCAAGUACAGGGACAAGUCGUGGCAGUUUUGCAACCCUGAGGAUGACACACAGUCACGGAAAUGGCUGUCCAUGUUCCUAGUGGCCAUAUUUACUGCUUCCAGUAUGCUGACUAAAGAGCAGGGAGUCACUGUACUGGCCGUCUGUGCAGUUUAUGACAUGUUCAUACAGCAUCGUAUGCGAGUGUGUGAUCUAUCUCUAGUCCUAUCUGUGAAAAAGUACAGGAGUCUCCUUGAAGGCCUUGCAUUACUGACAGCAAUAGGAGGGUGCUUGGUUAGCUUUCGUAUCUACCUUAUGGGCAGUAAACCACCUGAAUUUGCUCCAGCAGACAACCCUGCGUCAGACUCAGACAGUUUUCUGACGCGAACACUGACAUUUUUCUAUCUGCCAGUAGUGAAUCUCUGGUUGUUGAUUUGUCCAAGCAUCCUGAGUUUUGAUUGGUCAAUGGAGUCUAUACCGUUGGUUGAGUCAUUGGCAGACCACCGUAAUAUACUGACUGCUGGCUUUUAUGCAGCACUUGCAGUAACAACUAGUCAAAUUGUCAAAAAUUUAAAUCAGCAAGGCAAGCAAGAUGCUAAACCCUCAGCUGCAAAUGGUAAUGGGUUUUCUCAUCAUUGGGGUUCAUCUAGUCAUUAUACAAGUCAUUCUAAACAAACAGUGGCAUACAAACGCCAUAGACUCGCCAGAAGAAACUCUUCCAGCUCCACAGAUAGCAGUGACGAUAAUCAGAAUAUUAAAACCACUACUACAAAUAGGACGUUAAAUGUUCUUAUCAUAUCCAUGGCUACCAUGAUCUUCCCAUUCAUCCCAGCAACAAACAUAUUUUUCUAUGUUGGUUUUGUGAUAGCAGAAAGGGUUCUCUAUCUUCCCAGUAUGGGGUUUUGUAUGCUUGUGGCAGAAGGUGCUUAUUUAUUACAUAAAAAAAUUAAAAACAAAGGACAAAGAAGGGCAAUGCAUUUAUUACUGGUGGUUUUGUUGCUAGCAUUUAGCGCAAGAACUGUUUUACGCAAUGAGGAUUGGAAGACGGAAGAGAGGCUAUAUAAGUCUGGAAUCUCCGUGAACCCUGCCAAAGCGUGGGGUAACUUGGCCAAUAUUUACAACAGUCAAAACAGAGUGGACGAAGCAGAACAAGCUUAUACUGCAGCAUUACAACAUAGGGGGAAUAUGGCAGAUGUCCACUAUAACCUAGGUAUUUUGUUACAAGAGCAAAAGCGCUACAAAGAUGCCAUCAUAAGUUAUCAGAAUGCAAUAAAGUUCCGCCCAAGGCUCUCAUUGGCUCAUUUGAACUUGGGAAUUGUAUAUGGUAUCCUUGGAAGAAAUGAUGAUGCUGCUAAGGUUUACAGGCACUGUGCCGAGCUUGACAUCACAGGCCUGAAAGACCCUAAGCUCCAUGAAGGCACAAAGAUUUCAGCAUUAUACAACCUGGGCAGACUGUAUGCAGAGCAGGAGAAGUACCAGGAGGCCAUUGAUGUGUACCUGGAGGCCAUUAGGAGGAGACCUAGUCACUAUGCACCACAGAGUCUCUUCAACAUGUUAGGUGAGGCUUAUCUGAAACAGGGCAGUUUCUCCCAGGCUGAACACUGGUAUCAGGAGGCACUCGCAUCCAAACCUGACCAUAUUCCUGCUCACCUGACCAUGGCCAGACUGUGGCAUAAGAGGAACCAAGUAUCAGAGGCAGAGAAAUGGUUUCAGAAAGCAUUUGCUUUGGAUGACAAAGACGUAUCAAUUUAUCAGCAUUACAGUCAGUUUCUUUCUGACAUUGGCCGCCAUGGUGAGGCUGCAGAUAUGUACAAGAAAGCAACAGAAUUGACCCCAGACGAUUUUGAAUUGGUAUUCAAUGCAGCCAAUGCACUCAGACAAGCACAAAGAAACACAGAGGCAGAGCAAUAUUAUAGAAAAGCUGCUCACCUCCGACCUAAGAGUGCAUCUGCGCACAUGAAUCUUGGUGCCAUGUUGCAUUUCAACGGCAAACUAGGAGAUGCAGAGAACAGUUAUCUGCAGGCUCUAGAGCUCAAGCCAGACGAUGAACUGACUCGAACUAAUUUACGUAAACUGCGUAAUCUCAUGCAAACAAAGGGCAAUCCCAGCAAGCGAGCAGGCAACAGGAGGUAGCAGACAAUAAUCUGUGAUGAGAAGAAUAUCUCUAAGUUAUGUACAGGAGAAUAGAAUAAUAGAAGCAGUUGCAUAGUCAUCACGACUGCUGUUCAUAAUCAAAAUUAGCAUCUGUGCCAUUAAGAUGUGUUGUUUUUGUGAAGUUAAAGUUUAUAUAGGUGUUUUUCUUUUCCUGCUUAUGCUUUAACGUGAGUGGAAUAUUUGUGAAAAGCAAAAUAAUUUAUGUGGGAGAAACUUGGGAAUUGCGAGUAAAAUCAAAUACUUGGCAUUUACCCAUUUCUUUGGGUAUUUUAGAAGCAUUAUUUAACAGAACACAUUGUUUUUUAAUAACAGGAGUAUACAUGUUCAAAUGUAUAAGUGAACUGCUGCAAGUUAUUCUAAUUUUAGUGUACUUUUCAAGGGCUGGACCCUGUGAAAAUUUGAUUAUUAGUUUUAGCAAAUAUUUUUCAAGACUGCUUUUUGCCAACUAGCUGUGUAUUAGCUCUCAGCUGUUCUAUUAAAAGAAUGUGACAUUCAGUUUAAGAUACUUUUUGUAUUCAUGUGAUGAAGACAAGAUUACCAGGCAACAUUUAGUAUUUAUAAAGACUCAUUGUUAGGUUAUUAUUUAAUUCCCUCCAGAAAGGGAAUAAUUAAUGAACCUCUCCACGUAAAUCAAGUUUUUAACAAUCAAAGGCUCUAUGAUGAUAUUUUAAAUGAAAAAAAUGUCACAAUUUUUCCGUGCAAUGUUCCCAAUGUAUUUGGUCAAAGAAAUGGCAGGUACCAAACAACGUCUCAACUUGGUCUCUGCAUGUAGUUACUAUGUGUGACAAAAUCUAGUCAAGUUAUGAAUAUAUUUAUAUCUUUCUUCCAGCACAUUAGUCAAAGAUGUGUCAUAGGAACACAUCUAGCUUGUUUGUAUUUGUCUUUUAUGGUGGUUAUGAUAUGAACUGAAUAUCUAGUUUAUCCCGUUUUAGUCUUUGUGAUUGUCCCCUUGAUAAUUAUGUUUUCAUGGGAAAUACUGUUACAGUGUUAUCAGAUUGCAAUCCAUAUUUAAAUUGUAAAAUAUUGUGUUAUAUUGUUUUUAUGUACAUACCAAGUGUCCAAUUAGGAAUUUUUCAGACAUAAAAUUUAAAUUUUAAUCAUUAAAAGGCCAAUUUAAUAGCAUAAAGCUAAUAGUUUUAUUCUUCAGAUUAUUGUACUGGCCACUGAAAAGAUCUGAGAUCUUUGCAAAAUAUCAAUUAGGCAUCAAGGGUGAUUGGAUAACAGUCUUUAAUGCUUAAGGAUUUGCUAGUGUUACAGCAAGGAAUACAUUUUUUUAUUGAAAUUUAUCUUUAACUGGUGCCAUCGCUAUAUAUAUUAGAAACAAUUAGCAAUAGUUUACUCUUGGUGCUUGCAGAUGUUAGACUGCAGUUCUGUUUAUGUGUUUUGUAGCCCUGUUAUCUGUUAUAUUUUGUAUUUUUCCUCAUGAAAACAAGUUUCCCAGGAUCCUCCCCAUAUCAGGUCAGCAUCUGACUACUGUUGCUCACCAUAUGUAAUGGUAGCUACUUUUCUUAGAUGCUCGAACUAAGAAAAUUUCCACAGCAUUAAAAUGUGUAUAGGUAAACAUGAUAUCACUUUGAGCAAUUUACCAGCUCCGUCCAAGAAAAUAGCACAUCUCUGAUCUGUUGAAAAAAUUGUUUAGUCAAGGGUGGGGUACUUCUUUACGUCUCCCAAUUUUAAGAGAAUAAAUUUUGGUAACGAGAUGAUUAAUUUACUUUUUAAUAUCUCAUGUUAACUGUGUCUUUUCAGCUUUGUUAAAGGGAAAAUAAAUGUAAAUUAAAGA